UUCCACGCAUGCAGUGCUCCAGCUGGAAAGCACGUACUCUUCUGUGCAACCAAACUCCCAGGACUUCAUCCGCCCCUGUGCUAGAAUCCAAUCGCAUAAGUCUCUUCAAUUCAAAACUAAUCCUUCUAUUGAGCACUGGAGACACCACCCCACCCUCCUCCGCCUCCGGGACCAAGAACGAUUUCAGUGAGGACUAAAACAUUUGUAAGUAUGGGCUGGUGGAGGUGCGCGCAGGCUACAGCAGCUGCAAUGCGUCCAUUACUAACUUUUACGCUUCUUUUCUUUACUUUUACCGCAAACGCGCAGUAUGAGAAAUAUAGCUUUAGAAGUUUCCCUAGACAGGAACUUAUGCCGCUGGAUUCUGCUUACAAAUACGCUUUGGACCAGUACACCAGUGAGAACUGGAAAGAGAGCGUGGAUUACUUAGAAAUGAGUCUGAGGCUGUACCGUUUGCUGAAGGACAGCGAGGCGUUCUGCAAUCUCAACUGUAGUACCGUUCGGAUGGACAAUGAGGCGAAGUUUGCGGAUUUUGCCGAACUGCAGGUAUUCGGGAACAUCAUGAAGCGGGCCCAGUGCUUGAAGAGAUGCAAACAGGGUCUGCCGGCUUUCAGACAGUCUAUGCCAAGCAGAGAUACAGUGGACGAAUUCGAGAGACGAGAGCCUUACAAAUUCCUCCAGUUUGCAUACUUCAAGUCUGACAACAUUGCUAAAGCAAUUUCUGCAGCUCACACCUUCCUCCUAAGACACCCUGAGGAUGAGAUGAUGAAGAGGAACAUGGCUUAUUACAAGAGUUUACCUGGGGUUGAGGAGCACCUCAGAGAUCUGGAGACCAAGGCCUAUGAGGCACUAUUUAUCAGGGCAGUGCGGGCGUAUAAUGGGGACAAUUACCGCACCUCUAUCUCAGACAUGGAGCUUGCUCUGCCCAGCUUCUUCAAAGCCUUUGAUGAGUGUCUCGCUGCCUGUGAGGGGUCCAGGGAAAUCAAGGAGUUCAAAGACUUCUACCCCUCCAUAGCAGACCAUUUCAUUGAGGUUCUGAAUUGUAAAGUGAAGUGUGAAAGUGAUCUAACUCCAGUAGUUGGUGGCUUUGUUGUAGAAAAGUUUGUGGCAACCAUGUACCAUUACCUGCAGUUUGCCUAUUACAAAUUAAAUGACCUCAAGCAUGCAGUGCCCUGCGUAGCGAGCUACUUGUUGUUCGAUCCCAGUGAUGAAGUCAUGAAACAAAACAUGGUCUAUUAUCAGUACCACAAGGAGAAAUCGGGUCUCGCAGAUGAAGACUUCCUGCCAAGAGUUGAGGCAGUACGAUAUUUUAACGAGACCACGAUGCAGCUGAAGAUUCUUGAGUUUGCUUCACAACAUUUGCUGCCUGAUGAUGAGGCGGAAGUGGUGGAAUUUCUUGACGAACUUCUGGAGACUGAUGAUAUUAGCUAAUCUUUUUGACUUAAACUGACUUUCCAAAACAAUGGAAAGAAAAAGACCUUUUGUGAAUUUAGACCUCCAUAAAGCUCCCCUUCAUAUCUCUAUAAACAUUUAAAUACUGACCUUAACAUAACACCACAUGCCUUUCAGUCCUAGGCCACUUCAACUGAGAUUGCCAGUUCUGUAUUUUGUGGUGUUUUUUUAUGUGGAGUAAUAUCCUCUACUUAGCCAGAGCCUAGUGGCCAUCAAACCAAAUACUCUUGGCCUUCAUAGGUAAAAAGAAUAAUUUAGUUUGCUACAAAAACCUAUUUUAACAUUUCAAUCCCGACACAUGACACCUGUGCUUGUAUUUAUUUGGAGCACAGGGUUUUUCACUCUUGUUGUAAACCUUCACAUUAUUAUUUUUUUUUUUAUUUACUUUUUUUUUUAAUGAAUACUCUUGUGUGGGGUUUGUGGUUGUGUUUUUUUUUUUUUUUUUUUUUUUUUAAAGUGUUACCGGUACAUGUUUCUGGUGCUAACCUUUUUAUCCUAUUCUUUCCCUCCUUGUUCUCUGUAACCUUCCUCUCCAAUUGCUUUGCCCUGAGGGCCUAUGCUUUCUAAUAUAUAUUAGAAAUGUCCAAAUACACCAAAUUUCAAGUGCUUUUACUAACCAUCUGAUGAUGAAAUUGCAAUAUAUCAGAGGAACGCAACCUCAACGGCCUGUCACGUCUGUCUGCAAGCAUGAGCUUGUAAUGAAUGUCCUCCCAGUGGCCUUGCAGACACGCCUGUAAUGUAUUGGCAUGUCAGCCCAUUGAAUUGAAUGGAAAGGUAAGAGCUGGAAAUGAACUGCCAAUCAUGUAUCCAAGAUGAACGUCUUAUCAUUCAACUAAAGAGCAAGCUGUGCAGUCCAGAAGUACGUGUGUGAUGCUGAUGUGCGUAUUGUUAACUCAACAGCCGCUAGGAGGAGAUUCUUUACAAGCUGAAGGUCACAAAAGAAGCGCUCUUUACCACAGUCCAAUCCAACUCUUGGCCAUUGCCUUUCUGUCACUCUGAUUGGUGAUGUGUAUGUAUGUUUGUAUCCAGAUGGAAGUGACAUAUUAUGUGCCUGAAAAGCUGUCCGAGUCACCCGACAAGGAGUUUGCAGGAGAGGGUGACUAUGAAGAAGGGAUCUACGCU